AUGUACGCGCAACUGUGCAAGCGACUGAGCGAGGAGGCUCCCAACUUCGAGCCGCCCGGGCUGCCUUGCACUUUUAAGCUCCUACUGCUUAACAAGUGCCGCACUGAGUUCGAGAACCGCGCGCAGGCCUUCGCCGCAUACGAGGACCGCGCGCUCGGGCCCGAAGACGAAGAGAAACGCCACCUCGCCAAGUGCAAGAUGCUCGGUAACAUCAAGUUCAUCGGUGAGCUCGGCAAGCUCGAGAUUCUCGCCGAAUCCAUUCUGCAUCGAUGCAUCCAGAAGCUGCUGGCGCGGCGGGCCGCCGCCGAUCACCACGAAGACCUCGAAUGUCUCGCGCAGCUCGUGCGCACGUGUGGCCGCGUACUGGACUCGGAGCGCGGGCGCGGUCUGAUGGACCAGUACUUCGCGCGAAUCGCUUCGCUCUCCGCUUCGCCCGAGCUGGCGCCUCGUAUUCGCUUCAUGCUGCGCGACGUUCUCGAGCUGCGCCGCAGCGGAUGGACGCCGCGUAGCGCCGCCGCCUCCGAGGGGCCCGUGCCGAUCCAGCAACUCCGCGCCGACGACGAACCGCCGCCGCGCCGCGAGCGCGACUCGCUGUUCCGCGGCGGCCUGCGUUCGCGGCCGCUCGACGACGUGUUGGCGGGGCUGUCGCUGCAGCCCGCGUCGCUCGGCCCGUCGCCCGACAAGCUCUUCGGCAACGGCUUCGGCCGCGACGCUUUCCGCCAGCGUUCGGCUCCCGGAUACUUCCCGCGCUCGCAGCAGCAGCACCGCGCUCCCAAGGAGGGCGCGGCGAGCGGCAAGGAUCGAGGCCGCGCGCGCGUCCCCGCGCCGCCGGGCGGCCUCGAGAACGUGCAGAUGAGGCCGGCGGCGAACUCGCUCAUGUUCACGGCCUCGACGCGUCUCAACAAACCGCAGCCGCCGCCCUUGACGCCGUCGCAGCCCAGCGUGGUGCCGGCGUCUUUCGCGAGCGCCGCUCCUCUGCACAAGGAGCCGCCGAUCACCAUUAAAUCGGCACCCGACAAGAAGGACAAACCCAAAAAAGACAAGGGCCCCAACAAGGAGGAGGCGUGUCGCUUGGCCGUGGAGGCGGUGGGUGAGAUGGCGGAGCUGGAGGAGGAGGAGCCCGAGCGGGAGCCCGAGGCCCUGAGGCGCCUGCGCGAGCUGGCUCUGCCCGACAAGCUGCUGCGACGCGCCAUCGUCGCGGCGCUGGAGCACGCGCUCACCGCGCCCGCCGCGCCUCGUCUCGCGCUGGCCGCGUGCCGCGUCGUGCGCGCCGUCAAGCGAGCUCCGCUCGGCGAGACCCUGCGCGCCCUCGUCGUGGCUCACGGAGGAGACGAUCGGGCGGCCGCGCUGCUGGCGGCCGCCGUGCUCGCCCGCCUCGUGCCGCUGGCCGAAGUGGGCGCGUGGUGCGAGGGCGGCCACCAUCAUCCUCUGCUGCCGGACGUGCUCGUCGCGCUGCGCGAGGCCUCCGGCGCGGACGAGUUGGCGCGGCUGUACGCCGAGAGUAAAAUCGACCUGUGCGCGUACGCGGGAGGCCCGGGCGGCGGCGGCGUGGAGGCGCUCGAGGCGCGCGGGCUGAGCGCGCUGGUCCCGCAGCUGCGAGUGCAGGCGGCGCUGGCGCGGCAGCUGGCCGGCGAACCGGCACCGGCGGCGCUGUAUCGCUGGAUCAAGACGCACGUGGAGGCGAGCGUGCGCGGCACGGGCGCCUUCGUUUCGGCUCUGGUUGCGUUGCUGGCGCAGCAAGUGACGGGCGCGGCGGACGCCGCCGGCGGCGACAAGGCGGCCGUGGAGCGCGAGAAAGCGCUGCUGGAGGGCUAUGCGCCGCUGCUGCGCGCGCUGCUCGACCGCCGACCCGAUCUGCAGCUGGCGGCGGUCUACGCCGUGCAGGUUCACGCGCACGCGCACCGCUACCCGAAGGGCAUGCUUCUGCGCUGGUUCAUGUACUUGUACAACAUGGAGGUGUGUGAAGAAGAAGCCUUCUUGCGCUGGCGAGAAGACGUGACGGACGCGUACCCGGGGAAGGGCGAAGCUCUGUUCCAGGUGAACGCGUGGCUCACUUGGCUGCAGCAGCAGGACUCUGACGACGACGAGCCGGACGACUAG